UGACUGCUUUCUUCUUGAAUCUCACGCUCGCUGUACCAAACCGACGAUUCUUAUCUCUCGCCUUCCAUCUCUAGGCGCGUGCAGCCAUGACGGGGCAGUGUGUGGGAUCGUCGUCGUUGACUGCAAGACAAGCUCCUUUCUCCUGUCUCUCCGCCGCUUCAGCUUCUAUUCUCCACUCCCCCUCAUCCACGCUUCUUCCUCGUCGCAUCCAUGCUCUUUCAUCUCCAGCCCGUCGCGCAUCGUCGCGUGGGCGCACUCCCCUCCUUCCUGGCCGCUCGUUCCCGAAUCCCCUUGUCGCCCCGCUGCCCUCGUCUCGCCCUCCGCCUCUCCGCGCAUCGAAGGAGGGCAGCAGCGCGCCUCUCAGCGACUCCACGGGCGGGGAGGGCCAGCAGCCGCGGGAGGGGGCGGAACGCUCGUCAGGGGGAAAGUAUCCGCGCGGGGCACUCAACGGGGCGAGCAGGCCCGGGGCGGCUUCGGAAGGCGGCGGCGGUGAUGCUGCGGGGUCGUGGGCCGACGGGCAAAAAAAAAACGCUUCCGGGGGAUGGGGCGAUCCGUCUGAUCUGGACCAAUCACGACCUUCGGCGGGUAACCAACCAGGCCUUCCCGAGUUCGCAGCGGGCUUCGUUCUGCUGCUGGGGCUCGGCGCGCUUGCCUUCGCUGGCCUCCACAAACGAGUGUCCUCCGCAGGCCGCGCCAGCGUCCCGAAGCCACCUGACGCGGCGGUGGUGGGCACAAUGUCGCCGUCUGCCGCGCAGCCCAGCCCAUCGCUCCCUGCACCAAGCGCCGCCGCUGCUGCUGCUCCCGCCUCUGCAGUGAACGGUGCUGAGGGGCGAGGCGGCGAGGGGACGGGGGCGCAGGGCGCGGAGGGGCAGGGGGGAGGAGAGAGCGAUUCAGCAGCGAAGGUUGAAGAGACAGCAGGGGCGGGGGGAAUAGUGGGUGCCGCAGAGAGCAGGGGCGUGGACCCAUCGUUGAACGACCUCCUGCUGCCGUCACAGAUUGUCGCUGCCGCCACUGUUGCCGCCGACACGCCUCCGCCCCUCCCCAUCCCCAUCGCCUUACCCGCCCCGAGCGCCACCACUACCGCUGCUGCUGCUGCUUCCAGCGUGGGAGCGGGCGAGCAGCAGGGGCAGCAGAGUGAGGGGAAGGAGAGCGCGGAGGCGCAGAGCUCGUUAGGCGAGGCAGGCGCGGAGGCGGACGGCAAGCAGCAGAGCCUGGAGCAGCUGCUGACGGGGAGCACGGGAGAGGCGGGCACGGCGCUGGGCGCGGGCGGGGGCGAGGGCGGCGAGGAGGAGGAGGAGGGGCAGGACGUGGUGGGGCCGUUCGCUGAGGAGGUGGCGGCGUCGGUGUCGGAGCUGCGGCCGUGGCUGGACGCCAUGCAGGCCGAGCAGGCGGGGGAGGGCGGGGAGACCGGGGAGAAGAGUACGGAGGGAGAGGGGGACGGGGGGUGGGAAGCGGAGGGCGUGUUGGGGGAGAAGGCGGGCGAGGGCGGCGGGGGAGACAAGAAUCCGGCAGCAGCAGAGGACGGGUCGUUGAGUGGAGUGCCGGCAGUUGCGAGUGCUGCUGAUGCCGGCUCUGGUGAUGCUCCCGUGGCUCCUGCGCCUGCCUCGGCUGCAGCUGCGACUGCAUCUGACAGCGGCGCCGACAGUGCUGCAACGGCGCCCGCCAUGCCAUGGGGGAUGACGGUGUUUGUGCCAGCGCCUCUCAGUUCCUCGCCCCCGGCAGCAGCGGGCGGGGGCGAGGCGAGGGCGGGGCAGGUGGUGGUGCGGGCGGCGGUGGACAGCACGCAGCAGACGGCCCUGGAGGCGCUGCAGGCGCUGGAGGUGAUAGAGGAGGGCGUGGAUGCGGCGGGCAUCUGCUCGCGGAGGGAGUUCGCGCGCUGGCUCGUGCACGCCUCCAACAUGCUGUCCAGGGCGGCAUCGGACCGCAUCUACCCCGCCAUGUACGUGGAUGGCUCCACUGCACUCGCCUUCGACGACGUCACUGCCUCUGACCCGGACUUCCCCUACAUCCAGGGGCUGGCCGAGGCGGGGCUCAUCUCCAGCAAGCUCUCCCAUGCCGACCUUGGCUGCCCGCGUGCCUCUGCUGCUGCCCGGCGCAGGGGUUGCAGCCCAGGGGCCAACGCUUCGUUCCACCCUGAUGGUGCGUUGACUCGCCAGGACCUCAUUUCCUGGAAGCUCUCCCUGGACUACCACAACAUGAUGCCUCUGCAACCCAAGGAGGAGGUGGUGGCGGCGGUGGGAUUCAUAGACGCGGAGCGCGUGGAUGAGGACGCGCUGCCUGCCAUCGCACAGGACGUGCUCAGGGGCGACAGGAGCAUCAUUGCCGCUGCCUUCGGCUUCACGCGGCGCUUUGACCCGCACAAGCCGGUCACGCGGGGGCAGGCGGCAGUGGCGCUGGCGGGGGGCGGGGUGAGUGAGGUGGUGGCGGGGGAGAUGGCGCGUGUGGAGGCGGAGCACAUAGCGGAGGCCGCCAUGGCCGUGGUGCAGGAGGAGGCAGCGGCCGCCGCAGCCGCCGAGGCAGCCAUGCUGGCGGCCAAGGAGGAGGCGGUGGCGGGGGAGAGGAUGCGGCGCGAGGAGGCAGAGAUGGCGGCAGAGGCUGCUGUGAAGCGUGUGGAACGGCUGCAGGCAGAGCUGGAGAGCGAAAAGGAGGAGCUUGAGCAGCAGCGGCAGGUGCUGGCAGGGAUGAGGGAGGAGGCAAGGCGGGAGAGGCAGGAAGCGGAGGCAGCAGUGGAGCAGCAGAGGCAGCAGGUGGAGGAGCAGCUUGGUGCGGUGCAGCAGGAGAGAGAGACAGCGGAGCAAGCGCUCGCCAAUGCUAGGGCAGCUGCGGCUGCAGCAGCUGAAGCAGCAGAGGAGUUGCGAGUGGAAAAGCAGCAGCUGGAGGCAAAGAGGCAUCUUACAGAGGAGCAGGCACAGUUGGUGCAGGAGGCAGCUGAGGAGCUGCAGAGGGCUCGGCUGCAACUGCAGCGCCGCUUGCAGCAACAGCAGGACAUAGGGGAAGGGGAGGACGCGAGCAGCAUGGGUGGGGUAGUGACAGGAACCGCUGAUGGUGGUGCAGGAGAUGGGGCGCAGGGGGGCGUGGCAGUGGAAGGCACUGAUGAGGAGAAGCAGUUGCUUGAGCGCGUGGCAGAAAUUCUAGCGAGGAAGCAAGCAGCACAAAGAGAGGCUGGUGGGGGCUUUGGCACUGGGUGGAGCGUUGAUGCUGCUGUAAGUAAGGCAAUGCAGCUGCUGCAGCAAGGGGUGGAGCGGGUGAAGGCUGCAGGGCAAGACGCUCCCCGUGACCCAUCUGCUCUCGCUCAACUGUUGCAGCAGCAGGCCAUGUCCACCCUUGAAGGUGCCAAGGCUGCUAUAGGUGGAGCACUGCAGCGAGGCAAAGCUGCUGGAGAAGCGUCAAAUGGGGGGUUGGUUAGCCAGAUAAGGAAGCAGUUCGCAGGAAGGCAGAGGGAGCACAAGGAGACGGGCUCACAAGAAGCACGUGACGCCACAGACAGGGAAACAGCUGGUGAUGUAGGGAGCAGAGCAUCUAAGGUGGUGGUGGAAGCAGUGCACAUUGGGGAGAGGCUUGCUGAAGGGGCAACGAAGGUGGUACGGGAAAAAACUCACCAAGCUAAGGAGGUUGUGAAUCAGCUUAUGGGUAAGUGGUCCAGGAAGGGUGGUGCAGGGUUUUAGAGGCGGGUUCUGGGUUUUAGUUGUUCCUACCUUACCCAGACAAGUAUUGGCUUAGUACCUGUAAGCAAAAUGGAGA